AUGGCGGACAGUCCGCCUCCCAGUCAAUUGGGGACUGGAAACCGGAUGGCGGUGGUGUUCGUCGUGCUGUUUGACAUCACCACCGUGGCCCUAUCGACAGCCUUUCUCAUUCUCCGACUAGCACAACCAGAUUGGAGCUACAACAACACCCAGUUGAGCCAAGUGUUGCCGAAUUUCUACUUUUUGCCCCUAUUAAUUGUUCUGAUUGUGUGGCUAACAUCGUUAAUAUUAUUCGGUGUAUCGCGGAAGAUAGUUCUUCCAUAUCUGGUCUUACCGUAUCUCUUCGUCUCAGUUGUUGUGCUCGGAGUUGUGCUUGGGAUUUUAAUAUACGCAGUCAUUUGCCUUGUGCAAUUCCUCAACUCGGGUCAACUAAUAUCAUAUGAAUUUUAUAUUUUGCUUGGGAGCGCGGCCGUAUUUUGUCUGGUUGAGGUCUAUUCUUUCUCGGUGAAAUAUGCGGCGUUUAAAAAUCUUGUUAAGCGGAAGAAGGCUGUACAUGGAGAUUCGGAAAAGCCGACAAUGGCGGAGGUUAUCGAUCCAUUUGAAUCAUUCAGCCGCCGUUCUACAAUAAUCAUGACUGACGACUGUUUCGAGCCACCGCCAGAAUUC